AUGCUUUCGACGUGUUAUUCCAACUGGAAUCAACGGAAAGUUGCUGAAAAGACAACGAAAAGAGGACGAGCUGUCCUUGUGGUCGAAUUCAAAGAAGUCUCCCAGCAUUUUACACAAAACGCAACGGUGGUUUAUUCAACCUUUGUCAAUGUUCAGCGUUCUGGGUAUCCACCCCAUAGCCGGUGUCCACGUUGCCUCCGUGAGCGUCGUCAGCGGCCCGUUCUCGUCGUUGACCACGCCCUCCUGCACGAACCCCACCCGGAUACGUGCGCUGUCGCCAGCAACCCCGUCAGACAGCGCAUAGAGCACGGUGCUGCCCUGCUUGACGACCGCAUGCAGCUUCGUGAGGCAGUCCUGGCACGAAACCCCGCCGCGCCACCGGUGCCGAUGAAGAACAGGCGGAUCUGGGGAGUUGCGGAGCUCACAGACACGGCGGCGAUGACCGUAUUGGGGAGGACCUCAGAGGCGGGAACGCGGACCGUCUGGGCCGACAAGAGCCCGCCGAAUGCAAGGGGCCCGCUGACGGAGUACUCCUCGAUGCUGUUGUCCACAUUUUGGAACCACAAACGGGUGUCGUCGCCCGCGCCGGUUGCCUGA